CACUCCAUUGCACGUCCACAAUGGACGUGUGUGGAGGACAUACGCACAACGGGAACGGAGCUCCUAAACGGAAGAUGCUUGAUAUCAUAAGAGUUAGCGACCCGUUGAGUUGAUGAGAGCACAAGCACAUGUGAUAUUGUUCCUCUUCGGCUCUUGUUAUAGUGCAAGUCACUAAACACUCUUCAAUGCUAUAAACAGAUCUGCGUAUUUGUGGACUAAACACUUGGAGAGGGAGGUCAGUUUUAUGGAUCAUUAGAAUCUCAUGGCUGUGCUCCACUUUAGUGUUCAUGUUUUUCAGUGUUGACUUUCGAGAGGAGUGUAGUUCUAGCAUGGAUUCAGCAGAGCUAGAGAAUUUAAAGAGCAGUAACUCUCCCAGAUCGCAUGCAGCAGACCAGUCCAGUUCUCAGAGUACCAAACCUGUAACGUCACCCAGGCAGGAUUGCAUAAUGCCAACGACGCAUAUAAUAAGUCCCUCAGGGAAGAAAAGACUGUCUCCUACCUGUUCGUCAAAUCGCUCGAUCAAUAAUAACAUGCAUACUCUGAAUGUGGACAUCAGUCUGGCAAAUGCCAAAAUGAACAGUGUUUCUCCAGGAAGACAGUGCCUGUCAGACUCCAGGCUCACGGUGAAACCAUCAAAGAACAUUCCAGUGUCCAACCAUCGCAAGAGAAAGAUAGACAUCGACGGUGCAGAGAUUACCACUGUCAUAACCGUGCCCAUGACCUCUCCAAAAAAGAAGAGAUUAAGCCCCCCAGAUAUCUGCAACAAUGUGAAUAUAAAUGUACAAUCAAAGAAAGAUUCAACUGUUGACUGGAACCAGAAUGAAAGGAAUAUGUCUGAUGCACCUUACGGAAAGAGGAGGUCAAGUUGGUCGGAGACCUCUCCUGACAGUUACAAGCAUUCCCACAAUAUAGGUCACAGAAAAGUAUCCCCCAGGGUGUCCCCUAAAAUCCCAAAUUCUGCAGAACUCCACCCGGCCAUUGGUUGGAAGGCAUUCCCAAAUUCCAAAACGCAGAACAAUCACAAAGACACCCACAGUGUGGACAGGCAUACCAACAGCGUUUCUCCUACCAGUGCAAAGGUGCAGCAGAAUGGACGUCUAAAAAGCAGCCAUGCAUCGAUAGGUGAACAGAAGAGACCAAGCUUUUCCCACAGUAUCUCAAACGAUUCUGUUUUUGAUGAAAAUGUUUCGGAACCCAAUGAAAUAGACGAAGAAAGAUUUGAGAAGGUUGACAGUGAGGUUGCCUUCAAUAGGACGCCUGGGAUAAAGAAUAACACAGCAGGAGAUAUGGGUAAACCUAAACAAGCUACAGGAAGAACAUCACCCAGAGGGGGUGGCAAGCCAAAGGAAGUUAUUCGGAAAAAUACUCUUGGCUCAAGCGAUUCAGGUGUUGAUAGCAAGAGGAAACGAAAGGGAUCCGUCUCAGAGAGUGUUGGGAGCGAGUCUGUAUUAAGCAGUUGCACAGAGGAUUCAUUCACUGACGAUGGAAGCAUGGCGGGACGUGAAGGUCUUAGCUCUCCUGAAGAUGGAAAACCGAAAAAGCGCAGGUUCAAAUUUGCAGACACGCUACCUCCGCGUGCGCCAAGGGCAAGACGAGAAGCGAGUCUGACAGCAGAGACCAAAGUACAUCUGUUGUACGAAAGGGAUGAUUUUGUUGAGAAAAUGCCUGCAAAAGUGUCCGCACCAAAGAAACCUAAGGCAAGUCAGAGUGUAAGUGAUGCCCAGGGAAGUGAUUUGUUGACAAGUAGAGCUAUAUCAUCAGAUAUCAAAGUUGCAAAGGAUACAUGUAAAGUUGGAAGUGAUUCCAAGGGGAAAAGGAUUACGGAACAUACUAGUGUGACGAAUGGACAGGAAAAAGCAAAGGAACCCAAGAAACCUGCCAUUAAAGCGAAACUGAAAAGUGAUACAUCCCCAGCAUCUAGCAAAUCUGAACUUGCUACUGAGACAAGUGCACAAACAUGCUCUCGCUGUGGAAAACCUAUAAAACCUCAAGGCAAUAGAACUCCAGAUGAAGCCUCGGAUAGAAAGAGUAACAAUCUGAAAACGGAAACUUCACCUAACAACAAAAUCAGUAGCCCCAGCAGUACAACUCUCUUACCGACCCUCAAAGAACCUGCAGUGGUUCCGCAUUCUACAGAAACUCCAAACCACUUAUCAUGCUCGUGCACGCAGGCUCAGAGGAGUAUUUCUGAGCCUGCGCCAGACAAUGCCCUCAUGAAAGCUUUAGCGCCUCUACUGGGGCAGCCGAGAAGGGCCUCUAUUGAUGCUGCCGAAUGUGAAAAACUGAACGCAUCUUUGAAAGGGGCUUUCCUGCUGAGGCUAUCAAGACAUUCCAUUGAUGCACCUACAACCAUUGCCAACCAGCUUUCUCUACCUUUAGCCCAACUCGGUAUCCUUCAAUCAGGAAAUUUGCAUGCAUCAAAUGGGACGCCAAACAAUGGUACAAUAGCUACAGUCCCCCAGCCUAACGGCAGUGGAACUACCGUCACAGAGUUCAUCAACUCCAAGUCAAAAGUCGUUCGGAAGGUGGUGAAAAGGCCCGGUCUCAAACCCUUUCAUCGAAGGAAAUCUACCAACGGAUGGCGAGGGGAAGGCAAUCCAGUGCAGAAACCUGUUAUCAUUAAUAAUGAGAGUGUCCAAGAGGUGCGUUAUUGCUUCGAGUCCAUCAGAAGGAAAGAUGAUGUCAUCAAGACCAGAGAUUGUGUCUUACUGAGAGCAGACCUGAGGAAACGAGACCUACCAUUUGUUGCCAAGGUAGCAGCACUUUACGAGGAUCCCGAUACAGGUGAUCUGAUGAUGAGCCUACUAUGGUACUACAGACCGGAGCAUACCGAAGCAGGCAGACUCAAAUCACAUCUAGAGAACGAGAUAUUUGCUUGCAGGCACUGGGAUAUCAACAGCGUUGCAUGUAUAGAGGACAAAUGCUAUGUUGUCACCCUAGCUGAAUACAACAGGUUCUAUUCCAAGCUAAAGAUGGCUAUGGAAGGAAUCCGUCCUAGUAGAAGCUAUGUCCCUGAACCUCUGGAGAACUACCCAAGGAAAGAUUCCAUACCACCUCAAGGUUUUGAUCCUGAUGCAGUAUUCCUUUGUCGUCAAGUGUAUGACUUCAGGCAACGGCGUGUUCUCAAGAAUCCAUACUGAUGGACCACUUUGAUGAACAGAGGAUGAUGGGUUGGCCUGUACCUCCUCACAACAACCUAUUGAUGAUGACAUCCCUCUGCUGGGUUUUGAUCCUGGUGUUUUAUUCAUCUCUUGUUAAGUUUAUGACUUCUUGCAACAUUGUGACCUCAAGAACCCAUACUUCUGUUCAUAUUCACCACUUGGUGAACAGAAGAUGUUGAAUCAGAAUGAAUCUACCCAAGGAAAAAUGCCACCCCACCUCAGGGUUUUGAUCCUGAUGUGGUGUACCUUUGUCAUCAAGUGUAUGGCUUUAGGCAACGGCCCGUCCUCAAGAAUCCAUACUGAUGGACCAAUUGAUGAAUAGAUGUUGGGUCAGAAGAUGUCCAUCCUUGUAGAAGCUACGUCCCUGAACCUUUGGAGAACUACACAAGGAAAGGUGCCAUCCCCACCCCAGAGUUUCGAUCCUGAUACAGUAUAUUUCUGUCGCCAGGUUUAUGACUUCCAGCAAUGGUGUGUCCUUAAGAAUCCAUACUGAUGAUGGAUCACCCGAUGAUCGGGAGAUAUUGGGUCAGAAUAUAUCCAUCCAAAUAGCAGCUAUGUCCCUGAACCUUUGGAGAACUAUACAAAUUAAUUAAAGGUGUCAAACCACCUCUGGGUGUCUUCUGUCCUCAAGUCUAUGGCUUCUUGCAAUAUCUUAUCCUUAAGGAUCCAGAUAGGUGUAAACACCCCUUGGUGAACAGGAAAGGUUGGAUCACCCUAAUUCUUUAUAGAUCUACCAAAGUAAAGAUGACAUCCCUCUCCUGGAUUUUGAUCCCGACACGAUAUUUCUCCAUCGUCAGGUUUAUGACUUCUGCAAUGUCAUGUCCUCAAGAACCCAUAUUGAUGGAUCAUGUUGGGUCAGCCUGAACCUCUGAAAAAUCACCUAUUAAAAGAUGACAUCAUUCCACUGAGUUUUGAUCAUGGUGUUUCAUUCAUCUCUCAUUAGGUUUAUGACUUCUUGCAAUGUCAUCUUCUCAAGAACUCCUACUGAUGUUCAUGAACAUUAUUUGAUUAACAGGAUGGGUUGAUCAGCCUGAACCUCCAAUUAACUACCUAUUAAAGAUGACAUCUCUCUAUUGAUUUUGACACAGUUUUCAUCAGUUGUUGGGUCAUUGACUUUUCAUAACAUUAUAUCCCGAUGGAACCGAUGCAAUCGUACACCAACAACACAUGGGCCCGAAUUCUUAAGUGGGGUUUAACUUAAACUCAGGUUUAAAGUUGUGGUUGAAAUAUGGAUAACCAAUUGUUACAUAAAUCACCAACAGUAGAGAUAUCAUAUUUCAGCUCAUUUGGCUCUCAAUUCAUUCAUAAUUGUCUAUGAAGUAUAAGUAGAUGAUUGUCUUUACCAUUGAAGAAUCAGGAAGGAGCACAGUAAACAUAAGAAACAUACAACUUAAUAAAAAUUUUGACACUUUUGGCUUUCAAUAAUUUUAGCACAGAGGUAGACCAUGGUCUAGGUUAAAUCUAACUUCAGAAUAUGGGCCAUGGUGAACAGGAUAUUUUGGGUCAGCUUAUAUCUGUGAACAACUACCUAUUAAAGUAUAGAUGAUAUUAACUUGCAAGAUUUUGAUCCUGAUGCAGUAUUCCUCUUCAAGCUUGAUGACUUAAAGCAGACUUGUGUCCUCGAAAUUCCAUACUGAUGUUCAGUAAUGCCACUUUCUGAAUACGAGAUGAUUUGCCAGCCUGAACCAGUGGCUAACCACCAAAGUAAGGAUGAAUAUCCCUUUGCAUGAUUUGAUCAUGAUGCAGUAUGCAUAUGUCACCAGGUUUAUGACUUUGGCACUGUUACAUCCACAAGAAUCCAUACUCAUGGACCACUUAAUGUACAGGAGAUGUUUUGUCAGCACGAACCUCUGAACAACUAUCAGAAUAAAGAUGACACCACUCUUCAGGAAUUCAAUCUUUAUGCAUCAUUUGUCUUUUUUGGGGUCUUUGCCUUGAAUUCCAUACUGUGGGACCACUGGUGAACAGUAGAUUUGGGUCAGCCUGAACCUUUGAGCAACUACCAAUUUGAAAAUGGCAUCAUUCGCAGGAUUUUAAUCCUGACGCAUUAUUCAUCUGUUGUAAGGUCUUUGACUUCUUGCAACAGCGUAUCCUCAGGAUCCUAUACUAUUGGUUACCAACAAUACUAAAUGAACAGAUUUGGGGUCAGACUUAACCUCUGCUGAGCAACAACCAAAGUAAAGAUGACAUCCCUCUGCAAGAUAUAAUCCUGAUGCAGUAUUCGUCUGCUGUUAGGUAGUCUUUGACCCCCUGCAACAUCAUAUCCUCAGGAACUUUCUCAUUGGUCACCAACAUCCCUUGAUGAUGAGGAGACAAGUCUGGGUGACCUACUUGCUGUAUUCUUUCACUUUCUACAGGGUUCUAUGGUAUUUUUAAACCUAGAUUUAAAUCAAGAUGGUUUGAUCGCUCUCAAUCUCAGAGUACAGUUUGGAGAUGAUUUGGAAAGAAGGUUUAUUCCAAACAAAAAAGAAAUGAAGAUGAUGAUGGUUUAGUAGUAUCAGUAUCCUCUCAUGACAUUUAAUUAUGCAAGUACAUGAUUUUUUUAAAAGGAAAAAAGUAGAAUAAAAAAUACUAAUAGGGCUCUGAAUGCAACAAUGCCAUAAAUGCCAUGAUUGUUAUUAUAACUGUGAACAAAAAGAGAUUACUCACUAUUACCAAAUCUUUGAAAUUUGCCGACAGGAAAAUUGAGUUGUGCUAGAUCAGAGGUUAAGGCUGUGAUGAUGAUGAUGAUGAUGAAGUAAGGGUUAUGCGACUUAAACCCAAGAAACAUGCAAUGAGGCAAAGACGGUGAAAACUGAACAAAGUCGAACAACUCUGAGAAGAUUGUGUGUUUGCAGAGAAUUUUGAAGAAAACCACCCAUUUCCACUAGAUUUAUCCAUGGAAAUAAUCAUAUCGAUGAGUUUUAGGGAAAUUUUUAUUCAUCUACUUCACUAUCCACACACUAGUACAUUUUCUAUCACUAAGUCCCUUAAAUGAGCUCCUACAUGUCUAAUGAUGGAAGCUACAUUGGUCUAUUAAUAUAGAAGGAUGUCACUUUCAGAUACCCUGUUGUGUGCAAUAAAUCUGCCGGAUCUCCAUGCUAACAGCAUCAUAUGUGUAAUUAACUUAAGUGGGGGGUAGAUUAGAUUUGUAAAGCCAUUGGGAGCGGUGGGGGGGGGGGUUAAAAAUGAUAAGAAAUGUCUACACUAUUCACCUGGGUUGAGUGCAGCGUAAUGUGGGUAAAUUUCUUGCUGAAGGGAAACACGCCAUGGCUUGGUAUCAUGCCCAUGUCCCUCAGACUGAAGACGAGAAUCUUAACCACUCGACCACGACGCCCCCACUUAUCACAAAGAUAUCGUCUUUUGAAAUGAGCUACCACACAAUGUGUUCACACUUGCCAGGUUUGAUGGUGAACUCAAUUCUAAAACAAAUCUUUAAACAGACUAACUUCUCUUGAGGUGCUUUCCAAGUUACAAUGUAUAUAAUAUAGAUAUAUGUUUUACUUGUGUAACUUUCCUCCACCACUUUGUGCAUUCAUUAACCUAUUCGCUUUGAGAUUAUAUCAACCCCUUCAGAGUUCGUACAGGGCUGUUUAAUUUCCAGUUGUCAGUUGGUUAAUAGAUUCAGAUUGUAUAAUUUAUGUCAAAUAUUUUCUAUUUCUCUCCCCUGUCUCCCCAUCUUCAUUGUCGAUUUCUCUUUUGUAUCACUUAAGUUAU